AUGUCGCUGACCCGCCGGUCAAAGCGAUCGGCACUCUGGGCCGCCAGUUGCCUUAUCACAGCAGCAAGCGCCCGGGCGACUACAUAUAUAAGUGGCACUUCUCUUGACGGCGUGACAAACAACCAUUUGGCUGCGGACCGAACGCCAGCGUUGUAUACAGGGGAUUUUGGGGAUUGCUUAGGCGGACAAAGUCUGCUUAAUGUCACAAAGUUUGAUGCCGCCUUCUACUAUGACAACUCAACUAUACUCUUCCACCUCGAUGGUACCACGAAUCUGAAGAGCGAGUCAUUGAUGUUGUAUAUAUCGGUUGGUGCCUACGGCACUACCAGAUUCACAAUGGCAUUCGACCCUUGCUACGUCAACAUCUAUAGCCUAUGUCCCAUGAACGCCAGUGUUCCCAUUACCGCCUUUGCCCUGUUCCCGGUAGGACAGAUGCAGAUGUCAGGGAUCCCUCAAAUCGCCUAUGAGAUACCCGAUUUUGAAGGUUACGCCCGCAUUCAAUUGUUUUCAAACUCCAGCCAGACCGAGAUUGGUUGUUUCCAAGCUGUAAUGAGAAACGGCGCCACCUUCUCCCAGCCGAAGGCUAUGGGCUCUGUUUUAGGAGUUUUCACUGCUGUUGCUGUUGUGGCAUCGUUCGCAACGGCGGCUUAUGGUGUCAGCAUACCUCAUAUGAGGAUGCACUACGCUCAUUCGUUUUCCGUACUUAUAAUCUUUGAGACAUUCCAGUCUAUAUUCUUCUCAGGUUCUCUUUCUUUGAACUGGCCGAGUGUUCUCUCUGCCUGGUGGUCAAACUUUGCUUGGACAGCGGGCUUUAUACCUAUCAAGGGUAUGAUACAGUCGAUAGACGGAUUUGCUGGCGUAAGUGGAAACGCAAGUCAAGUCGGGGGUGCAGGUUCGACAAUCAUUAACAAUAAUGGCGGUGGUCUCGCUCAACAAAUUUACGGCCGCUCUUUAGCAAGUGAGCUGGUGGGUGUUUUUGAGAGAAGAGCGCCGAAAGCUAUUGACUAUGGCACCACGAUUAUGGGACGACAAGCCCAUAACGAUAGCGACCCGUACGAUUAUGACUGGAAUGGGAACCCAGUUACUCCUGGGAUGCCAAUUCCAGCAGAUUGGAGUGGCUUCGCGGGCACACUUUCCGAGCUCGGCAUACCUGCUUCCGAUGCGUUCAUGAUCAGCUUUAUCUGGCUAUUGGUCAUACUUGCAUGCGUAACGCUUCUUCUAGUGGUCUUUAAACUUGCAUUGGAAGGUCUGGCCCGCCUCAAAUGGAUCAAACAAGAUCGUCUCGACUAUUUUCGAAGCCACUGGAGAGGCUACAUCAGCGUAAGCCUCCUCCGGGUACUGUUCAUCGCUUUCUCUGCCAUGUGCAUUAUGACGAUGUUCCAGUUUUCACAUGCUGGAAAGACAGGACCACUGGUUAUUGCUGCCAUCGUUUUCGCUGUCUUCACACUUGGACUUGGCGGUCUUGCUGCGUAUGCACUUCGAUCUCGUCUUCGACUCGGGAAAUUUGCCGUGGAGCCAGACCGCAUUCUCUUGCAUCGGGGUGUCAUUAUGGGUUGCAUUCCGUUCCUUGUUCCUAUCCGCCUUAGUCAGUUAGGGGAACAAGAGUUCGCGCGGCGACCUGCAGCUUCGGUGCCAUUCAUUCGUUGCCACUUUGUGGACGAUCAACCUGACCGACCCAAAGUCCACAACGAUGUGGACUACAUCAAGCGAUUUGGUUGGCUCUACGCUCGCUAUCGUCUAUCGCGAUGGUGGUAUUUCAUCUUCUGGUUGGCCUAUCAAUUCGUGCGUGCUUGUUUCAUUGGCGGGGCAACGACAAACCCUUUGGCACAGAUAUUUGGCCUCUUCAUCGUCGAUAUACUGUCCCUUGUGGCCAUUGCAGCUAUCAACCCUUACGAGGGCCAGCGAAAUACUGCAACCGCUGUUUGGCUUCUUGGCAUCAGCAAGCUCGUCACGACGGGACUGUCCGUAGCUUUCCUGCCCGACUUCAAUCUCGACCGUAUUGUUACAACAGUUAUUGGCGUUGUGAUUAUUGUCGUUCAAGCCUUGAUCACUAUUGCAAUUCUGAUUUUAAUCGUUCUGGGGGGUAUUUCCUCAUGGAUGUCGCUCACCAGGAAUCGCGAAGACUUUUCGUCCCAGCGACUUGAAGGCGUCAGGAUUAAAUACUUCGAGCACAUCGCAAUCAAAGCGCUGGACAAAAGGGCGCCACCGGCUGAGAGGCGCAGGUCAAUGAUCAGUGCAUCUGACCCAGACGAGAAGGCGGUACCAGCGCGGCCCAAAGAGCCGCGAUUUGCUGUCACGAGUGUCCGCCGUAUAUCCAAGAUUGAAGACGAGGACGAUGACUAUUUGGAAGAAAUUGAACCACCUCUGCACCAUGCGAAUCCGUCAGCACCCACAGCUCAUCCUGCGACUCGAAUGCGCCGCACGAAUAGUGUCAGCUCGCGGCACUCGGUGAGUAGCUUGCCACGAGCUGCACGUCCUCAUCGCGCCUCUUGGAGUUCGAGGGAUUUCUCUUCGUGGCAAGCACAGACAGAGAGAGCAAACACAGCGCUGGUAAGAAGGCUGAGCACUGGUCAAACACGGGACCAGCCUAGGACUAGUAUUUCUGGUGCUCCACGUAGUAAGGCUUCUAUCACUAGUCUCAGGGGACCUACGAGCCGACGCAUGACCCCAGCGCAAGAGGUGGCUGAAGAGGCAGAUGCACCCGGUGAGAAGCUCAAGGAGGAGAAUGCGCUCGACAAUCACACCUUUUCUGGCGAAAGAGCUGAUCAAAAGCAAGUAUAUGGACACUCUGUGGCAAACACAUCGAGCAGCUCCGAAUACACUACCGUCUAG